AUGACUGGUUCUUGCCUCUCCCUGCUCCUCCUAGUGUCCGUAUUGCUCCAAGUGUCGGGAGCACGCCAAUUGGCAGCCAGCUUUUCUGGCUCGGCGUACUUUGAGGGUUGCCAGGAGGAUAGCUGUCAGAGGGGUGACCAUCUCAAGGGUUACGGCUGCCGCAGCGGUUACUGUCAGCUGGUGUGUAACGACAACGACUGCUACCAUCACGGUGUUCGGAUCCGUCGACCUUCUCCUGAUGAAAGCCUGAGACUCAGUCGAUUCCGCUUCGAGGGGUGCUCUAGCCGCCACUGCAGUUCCGGCCACGUCAAUGGCUAUGACUGCCAACUGGGCCUAUGUCGAUACGUCUGUGAAGAUGCCGUCUGCCACCGCAGUAACCACAAAACCAAGCUCUCCAACCGUGUUCUCUUCAAAGGCUGUUUGACUAACAUGUGCCAACUCGGCGAUCUGGUGGGUUAUGGCUGUAGUAACGGUCGCUGUGACUCCAUCUGUGACAAAACUGGCUGUUAUACAGGUGGAGAACGACCAAAGAGCGUGGCGAAGUCUUCAUCUAGAGGCAAAUUCUUAUUUGAGGGCUGUUCGGACAACAUUUGCCUGAGCGGCGACCGCCACGGUUACGGCUGCUCUAGCGGUGUCUGUGAUAUGAUUUGCGAGAAAGACGAAUGCUACCACGGUGACAGGGUUUACCACUUUCAUAUGAAAGGCAAAGUUAAGGAAGCCAUUGAAUUUAAUGGUUGUCAGGAUAUCAACUGCAAAGGCCCUCGUGGAUUCGGGUAUGACUGUGAGACUGGACACUGUGCUGUUACAUGCGAUGAUCAUCAGUGUUUCAAAGCCAUAAUCUCUCCAGCAAAGCCCAUGCCGCGUAGAAGUGUGUCGCUGGCAACUCCAAAACGUAAAAAGGAGGCAAGUUUCACGUUCCACGGUUGUGGAGCAGAGAAGAGGUGUCAGACUGGGUCAACUUUCGGUUAUAAUUGCCAGGGUGGAAUUUGUGACUAUGUUUGCACGUCAGACGCCUGCUUGUACAAGGGUGAGCCCAUGUUACCUCAGGAAGGCAAGGAACCCCCGAAAAAGGUCUCUCUCUACUUCGAUGGUUGUCUCUCUUCGGUCUGCUUCAUGGAGGACUUUGACGGCUUCCAGUGCAACCGUGGACGAUGUGCUCUGGUCUGUGGUGACGAAAUGUGUUUUGAUGCGGAGAGUUACGACAAAGCCUUCAAUGUCCCGAAGAACACACCUCCUCCGCCACCACCAAAGACCCCUGAGGAGGAGUUUGACUUCGGCAAGGAACUCCAAAAAAUCCAGUUUAGCAAGUUCUUCAAUUUCGGUGACACACCGUUCUUUUAA